CACUGAUGUAUUGCACGAGUCUUCUGCUCCUCUUCUAUACCCUUGUCUACUUGUUUGGCAGUUAAAAAAUGUCUGCUUGGUGGGGAAGAAAGUGCAGCAAGAACAAAGGAAUACAGAAGCAGCAAGUUGUAUACCACGACUCACUUCGUACCCACCCCCUCAAUCUGUCCAAAUCAUCGAACAAGAACGACAACACCAAGGGCAAGGACAAGGAAACGCCCACGAGCUUAGUCAAUGACUUCGACGGCUACUCCGUGUUUUCAGGUUUCGAUUCCGACAGCGGCGACAGGAGUGGCCAUCCGCUACCUCGGUGGUCGACUUCUUUUCUUUUCUGGUGUUGCUGUUGUCCGACUUCGUCCGUGAAGGAUCAUAUCCCCGGGGCUGCGGUCGGGAUGGGAUCCCGCUCGGGUUCGUUUUCGGGCGUGAGCACUUCUUGGUCCUCCGACGAUCAGCCGGUUUCUCAGGAAAAUGGGCAAUUCGGUGAUUUCAGAGGACAAGGUGAUACCAAAAUAAACGUGAGAUCAAGAAGCCCCGGCCAAGGGUCGAGCGGCCCCACAAGCCAAACAUCACUUAUUCACCCACGAUUAAGCGACUUGAGUCUGGAGUCUCUAACAGUAAAGCAAGAAGGCAGGAAGAGUCAAUUUUUUCAUCUGCCUCUUCCUGUUUCUCCAGUUUCUCCUACUAUCCUUUCUGCCUUACCAAACACAAACAUAAGUGGAGGCAUAAAAAGCACAACUUCUACACAGUCCCAGUGGAAGAAAGAAAGGCUUCUCGGAAGGGGUACUUUUGGGGAUGUAUACGUUGGAUUUAAUAGUGAAAAUGGGAACAUUUGUGCAAUAAAAGAAGUCAGGGCCGGUUGUGAUGAUCAGAUAUCAAGAGCAUGUCUCAAGCAACUGAACCAGGAGAUAAAUUUGCUCAGUCAGCUUUCACACCCAAACAUAUGUCAAUACUAUGGAAGCGAACUGGGCGAGGAAACACUUUCAGUUUAUAUGGAAUAUGUCUACGGUGGCUCGAUCCAUAAAUUACUUGAAGAAUAUGGUUCGUUUAACGAAUCUGCCAUUCAAAAUUAUACCUGGCAGAUUAUUUCUGGGCUUGCCUACUUACAUGGAAUAAAUACAGUGCACAGAGACAUCAAAGGGGCAAACAUUUUGGUAAAUGUUAACGGUGAAAUCAAGUUGGCAGACUUUGGCAUGGCCAAACAUCUAACAGGUUGUUUCUCAAUGCUUUCUAAACCUUACUGGAAGGCGCCUGAGGUUAUAACGAACACAAAUGGACCCAGUCUUGCUGGGGAUAUUUGGAGCGUGGGUUGUACAGUUCUUGAAAUGGCAACUUCUAAACCACCAUGGGGCCAGUAUGAACAGGCGGCUGCAAUGUUCAAAAUUUUAAACCGCAAAGAUGGCCCUGAAAUUCCUGAACACCUUUCCAAUGACGCAAGGAAUUUCAUCAAGCUGUGCUUGCAGAGAGACCCGACAGCGCGGCCUACUGCCUUGCAACUGCUACAUCACCCUUUUAUUCGAGACCAGGCAACAAGGAUUGGGUGGCAAAUAUGAAUGUGAACAAGGGAACCUUCCAUAACAUGUUUGAUGGAACAAAACAAAACAUAAUCUCAUAACAUGUUUACAACGAAAUGCGUUUGUGCUCAUAAACGGUUCAAUUUCCAAAGGCUUUGGUAAAUUGAACUGGAAUGUGUGUUCUAUGGUCGUACUUUUAUCGAAAGCUUAAACAAAAGAUGACUGUAACUUUGACAUAUUGGCCUAUAAACAUAUCCCUUGAAAAUCAAAGAACAUUGUUUAUUCAA